ACUACUAACUACUACUUAUGUACUGUGUUCCAUGUCCCUUAUUUGCCCUCCAGUAAAGAUCAGACACUGAACAUUAUGCGGUUGCUUGAGGGAUGAACAGGUUGCUUAGCAGAUCUGGGAUCAGGAGAUGGAAGACUGGAUAAUUUGAUUUUCCAGGUGAUUUCUCCUCUUUCUGCUGGUUUCCAGCGCACAGGGUUAGAGAUUAACCCAAUUUUAGUGUCCUAUUCCAGGAGCAAGGCCCGCUGGACAGUAGUACCCUCUAGCCAGGCCACCUUUGUUAAAAAAAGACUUCUCGAAGGUAAAACCUUUACAAAACAUAUUGCUUUUCUCAAGCCUUAUCAAAGUUCGUAUAUGACCCUAUUUGUGACUUCUGUGACAGCUUUCCUUGCUCCAGGAGUGAUGGAGGUCCUGGGUGAAAAGCUGUUGAAAGAGCUUCCUGAGGAUGUGUGUGUCAUCACUAGUCGUUUUCCUUUCCCCAACUGGCCACAACAAGCGUCUGUCGGCUCCGGUCUUGACUAAACUUUUGCUUAUGACUUUAGCAAUGUGCGCUCACACCUGAGAAAAGUACCAGAAACAGUGGAGUACUAAGUCACAGUCUCUCUGGGUUAUUUUGUUUUUGGCAUUGUCAAACAGCAUGGACCCCUCCAGACACAUUUCUGUUUUCUUUAUAAUAUAUUUAAAGGAAAACCAGACAAAGAAAAUACAUUUGUAGCAGGUAAUCAUAAACACUUUGGGGAAAUACAUUGAGAAUAUCUGUCACUUAUGAGCACUGAUCAGGAGUGAUCAUUUUGAAAGAUGUAUUUGAACAUUGCAAGGAUGAGAGGGACUCUGACUAAGCAAGAUGUCAUGAUGAUUUUGACAUCAUUUAUCCCCUGCAGUAUUUGUUCAAAUUUUGCACAGCAACAACCGACUGAGCCUUUGCCAAUUUGCUGACAAUCUUGUUAUAAAUACCAUCGUGCACCCCAAUAUCUCGAAUAUGGCUGUAGAUCUCUUUCUAGAGCACUUUAACUACACAUAAUUUGACUUCCACAUGAACACUAAUAAACCUCCUUAAUAGCAUGUUGCAUGAGGGGUUGUAAGGUCAAUGUUUUCGUUAUUUUGUCACUUUGCUUUUGUUGGUUUGUAGUUAGAUUACAAAGUGUGUCUCCCAGACAGCCACUGCGGGUUAGAGGCAGAAAGAAGUUUUUAUGUUGUGAAUGGUCUAGAAUAAUUAUCUGUGUCACCUGACCCUUGUGGGUUAUAUGUGAUAUGUACUGGGUAGCCAAAUAGACACAUUAGUCUGAGAACCAUGGCUAUAUGUGGAACCCGUUGUUUGUCUGUUUGUUUGUUUGUUUGUUUGUUAGCAGUAUGAUAUUUCAAUCAAAUUUGCUGGAAAGUAAGGCCAUUUGCCAAUUCAUUUUUAUGAAAAUUGUAUUGGCAGGGAGAUACCAUUUCUAUAGUUUUGAUUUUAUUUGGAUUCAGAUACACAUGCACACAAAACAUUUGGUUUUGUUAAGAUAACACAUUUGAGAAAUUGUACAGCCUUGGUUGAGGAAUCUACUCUCUGUAAAGCAUAUCACGGAAAGUAGCACCUGCAGUGACAUUGUCAUUUGUCUAAUUGUUCACACAGUAGGUCAUUAAAAUAUUCCUGCAUCUGCAAGCUAAAACACAAA